AGGACAAGGCAAUUGCCUGAUAUAAAAUCGGGCAUUAAUCUUUUCAUCAGCUGAAAAAUAGAACGGAAUUCCCCAAUUUUUUUUCUUUUCCAAAAAGUGCCCUCAUGCUAUGAACCCUGAAAAAGCGUUCAUAACUUUGUUUACAUGUGCUUUCAGAACGGCCACAAAAUAAACGCAAAACUUGAUUUUCAUCCCUUCGGUGUAAAGUUUUUAAUAGGUUGAUGCAUUGAAAAAGCGUUUUGUUUUGUUGACUUUCUUUCAAAUGACGGUAAUUUAAUUUGUACGCACGCUUGUGUAGUAUGUGUGUUUAAUGGUGGAAGUAUAUUUAUCGAUGUAUGAUUUAUAGCAGUAGUUGGCUUUCAGAAACCAUUAGAUCCUAAAAUUUUAUAUUGGUGUGUUUUCAUCAUGAAUUUGGAACUUCUAGAAUCAUUUGGUCAGAAUUAUCCUGAGGAGUUUGAUGGUGCUUUAGAUUGCAUUAGUCUUGCAGUUACUUGUGCCUUCAAUAAACAUGGAACACUUUUAGCUGUCGGUUGCAAUGAUGGGCGUAUUGUUUUAUGGGAUUUCCUGACAAGAGGCAUUGCAAAAAUUAUUUGUGCUCAUAUUCAUCCUGUAUGUUCCCUGAGUUGGAGCAGAAGUGGUCACAAAUUAUUAAGUGCCUCUACUGAUAACAGUGUAUCAAUUUGGGAUGUUCUGAGUGCUGAGUGUGAAUCUCGGUAUCGGUUUCAAUCUCCCAUUCUGAAAGUGCAGUUUCACCCACGAAAUGAUAAACUUUUCUUGGUUUGCCCUAUGAAACAUGCUGCAAUAUUGGUACCUGUGGAUGGUACACACUCUGUUGUACCUCUUGAUGAUGAAUCAGAUUUAAAUAUUGUGGCAUCUUUUGAUCGAAAAGGUAAUCACGUCUACACAGGCAAUGCUAAAGGAAAGAUUUUAGCAUUAUCUGUACCUGAUUUAAAACUUAAAGCUUCUUUCAGAGUAACAACUGGAACAUCAAAUACAACCUCUAUCAAAUCUAUAGAAUUUGCUAGGCGAGGAAACUACUUUUUGGUAAAUGCUGCAGAUAGAAUUAUAAGAGUUUAUGCAAGUCAUGAAGUUCUCACAUGUGGUAAAGAUGGCGAACCAGAACCAAUGCAAAAAUUACAAGAUCUGGUUAAUAAGACUAUGUGGAAAAAAUGCUGUUUUUCGGGUGACGGGGAGUAUAUAUGUGCUGGAUCAGCAAGGCAGCAUUCAUUAUAUAUAUGGGAGAAAAGCAUAGGCAAUUUGGUCAAGAUUUUACAUGGUACAAAAGGAGAAUUACUACUGGAUGUUGUGUGGCAUCCAGUUCGGCCAAUCAUUGCUUCUAUUUCUAGUGGUGUUGUUUCCAUAUGGGCCCAGCCUCAAGUGGAAAAUUGGAGUGCAUUUGCUCCAGAUUUCAAAGAGCUAGAUGAGAAUGUUGAAUAUGAAGAAAGGGAAAGUGAAUUUGAUGUAGAAGAUGAAGAUAAAAGUCCCCAGUUGCAUACUGAAAAACAGGAUGAGGAUGAAUAUGUUGAUGUUGUAACAGUUGAGCCAAUAGCUGCCUUCUGUAGCAGUGAUGAGGAAGCAUCUGACACUUCAGCCCUUCUUUAUCUUCCUAUAUCACCAGAGAUAGAUGAUCCGGAGGAGGGUUGGGGUCCAUCUGCUGAUAUGGCUCCUGAUGAACAACCAUCAAAAAGGCAAGCAGGUGAUCAAAGUAAUUCAUCAAAAAAGAAACGUCCAAAGGUUAUUGAUAUGAUCCUGGAAAAUGCUCCCAAAGAUGAGACUCAUCCACUUUUAAAUUCAAAAUCAAGAGAUAAAGUUAAUCAACAAGCAAGAAAGGCUGGUAAAACAAAGCAGCAUAGAGCUGGAUUUCAUUCAGAAAAUAAAAUUUCACAUCGAUCAAAGCAUGGAAACAAAAAUAAAGAGAAAAUGUCUGUUGACUACUAUGGAUGGAAAGAUAAUGAUGAUUAAUUUCCAUUCUUCCACUAAAUCAAGUCACUUGUACAUAAAAUAAAUAUUUAUUUUAUUCUUUUAAAUA